CUUGCGCUUGUGGAAGGGAGGACAGAAGAGGAUUUUGAGAUCCCGAAAAAAGAUCUCAUAUUAAAUAGUGUUCACUUUUUGUCAGCUUAAUUGAGCAAGUGGCAGUUUUGCCCAAGCCCCCUACAAACCAAACCAUGUCGCCCCCGACCGUGCCUCCGAUGGGCGUAGAUGGCGUGUCCGCAUACCUGAUGAAAAAAAGACAUACCCACAGGAAACAGCGGCGUAAGCCCACUUUCUUCACCCGUAGGAACAUCGUGGGCUGCCGCAUUCAACAUGGCUGGAAGGAAGGGAAUGAACCAGUGGAGCAGUGGAAGGGCACUGUGCUCGAGCAAGUCUCCGUGAAGCCCACUCUCUACAUAAUCAAAUAUGAUGGCAAAGAUAGUGUGUAUGGACUAGAACUUCUCCUUGAUAAGAGAGUUUUGGCACUAGAAAUCCUUCCUGAGAGAGUGCCAACUCCUCACAUCGAUUCACGCUUGGCAGAUUCCUUGAUAGGCAAGGCAGUGGGGCAUGUGUUUGAGGGCGAGCAUGGCACCAAAGAUGAAUGGAAGGGCAUGGUCCUGGCUCGAGCCCCCGUGAUGGACACUUGGUUUUACAUCACCUACGAGAAAGAUCCCGUCCUCUAUAUGUACACGCUGCUGGAUGACUACAAAGAUGGUGACCUGCGCAUCAUUCCAGAUUCCAACUACUAUUUCCCUACAGCAGAACGGGAGCCGGGAGAGGUGAUAGACAGCCUCGUGGGCAAGCAGGUGGAGCACGCCAAAGAUGACGGGUCCAAGAGAACAGGCAUUUUCAUCCAUCAAGUCGUGGCCAAGCCGUCAGUCUACUUCAUUAAAUUUGAUGAUGAUAUUCACAUUUAUGUCUAUGGUUUGGUGAAAACUCCCUAAAUACAUUGUGCUCUUUGCAAAAGUUCUGAAACUAUUAAAUGUAAAAUGUUUCACGUUGCAGUGAUUGUGUC